AUGCCUCGUGGCCGGCACGCGCCCGUGAGCUGGGCGACGGUGCUGCCGACCAUAGCGCACCUGUGCCUGCUGCUCUUCACGUGCCUCCUUAUCCUGAAACUCCAAGGCCGAAUGACAUGGUCCUGGUGGUGGGUGUUCUGUCCGCUGUGGGUGUUUCACGGCGCGCUGUCGCGCUGCAACUGCUCCAUGCCCGCGCCCAGCUCACCCUACGACCGCCACUGGCGCCCCUGCCACUCGCUUCUCACGCUGCCGCUGCUCGUUGCCUUUGAGCUGCUGCUCUGCUGCUACCUCGCUGCAAGAGAGAUGUGUGUGGCGCGGCCGCCAGUGGACCUGUCCAUUGUGUUCCUGCCUCUCAUUCUGCUCGAGGGGCUCGUGCUCGUUGACAACUUCAGGAUGUGCAUGGCGCUGAUGCCGGGGGAAGAUGACAACAUGACGGAUGAGGCUUUAUGGGAGACACUGCCGCACUUUGCAGUGGCAGUGUCAAUGAUAUUCUUUAUGGCAGCAACUGUGUUUUCUGUUCUUAAGCUCAAUGCAUUGGCGAGUUCUUUGCCCGGGGUGAUAGUCUUCCAAGUGUUGCUCUGCAUGCGCCUCGAAGGCCAGCCGAACUGGGCGGCACACAUGUCCUAUUGGAUGCUCUUCUCGCCACUCCUCGCUGUCCAGCUGGCGGCGCUGAUGUCAGCGCUGACUCAGCUCGCGGAGGGGGUGAUGCUGUUGUAUGCGCCCGAGUCCGGGCGGCGGUUUUCGGCGGUAGUGCGGGAGCAUGACCCGUUUAUGUUUGUGACGCGGGGCAUGCGGCUGGCGGGGUGGUGGUGGCGGGAUGACGAAGUGCGGGAGGAGCAGAAGAGUCUUACUGCCUCUCUCUUCCCGGGCACGUAUGAUACGUUUGAAGCCGUGCCUCCAGACCACAUAAAGCGCAUGAGAAAAGGGCAAUUAGCAGAGGAGGUGGUGCGUCUGCAGGCGGCCUUGGCGGAGCAGGUGGAGACGGGCAAGGCGCAGCGGCAGGAGCUGGAGCGCGUGCAGCAGGAGAAGGUGCUGUGCCGCGUGUGCUUUGAGCGCGAGAUCAGCCUCGUGGCUUGCAAGAGGGUGAGAGAGCAGGGAGGGCUCUGGUGUGAGGGUGGGAGCUGGCUGGAGCGAGUGCAGCAGGAGAAGGUGCUGUGCCGCAUGUGCUUCGAGCGCGAGAUCAGCCUCGUGCUGCUGCCCUGCCGCCACCGCGUGCUCUGUCAUGAGUCCUCUGCUGCGCUAGCGAGUGCUUAUUUCCCCUUCCCCCUUGCUGCUUUCCCCGUGGCACCACCAGUCCCGGUGCGGACAAUUGUCGGCAUAACCCCUUAUGAUGCUAAAUCCUUUACCCUCAUCCCCUCCUCUCGUCCCCUCUUGUGCCCAUAUGCCCUACCCCUCUCCCCCACUCCCUCCCCCCAUCACACCACCAGCCCUUGUUCAGACAAGCUCCCUGAGCUGACAAGCGUCGGCAGUGCCCCAUUUGCUGUAACUCCCUUGACCCUCACCCCCUCCUCUCUCCCUUCUCCCCCCCAUCACGCCACCAGUCCCUGUGCAGACAAGUGCCGGCAGUGCCCCAUAUGCAGGCGGCACAUUGCCGACCGCAUGGCCGUGUUUGACGUGUGA